GAUUGCCAGCCAGACGUUUUGACGUUUUGCUCCUUUGUUGCGUGUUGCUACUCGGUAGUUUCGUGGAACCUUAUGAGUCAGUUGCUGAAAUGACAUCGGUGUAGUGUCACUUUUCUUGCGGAAAUUGAAUAUUUCACCCAUCAUUGUCUCUCCGGUCUUUGUCAGCGAGGCGAGUCGAGCAUUAUUUCGUUGUGACCUAACCUAAGGCCAUGGUGACCUUCAGCUGCCAUGUCGAACCUUACCGCCGCCCAUGACCUCGUGACACCCGAAACGGAAGGAGAGCACAAUGCGACACUCCUCUCUACAGCCUUUCCAAAGCCGGCAUUCAACGCUGCACGAAACAACGACGCACCCGAGGCCACCAGCUCGUUCGGCGAAGCAGGGCCGGGCCUCGUCUUAUUUCUCGGAGCACUCGCAGUCAUCUCCGUCGGUGUAGUUGCCUUACUCUGUGGCUCAGUCUGCAUAACUGCGUCCAAGAGGGCCAAAAGACGGGCGCACUUUCGAAACAAAAUUCGCAGCCAGUGCCCCCCAUGCCCAGAGUGCGGUGCACUGUGCAAGGAACCGCCGGGAGUGUUUCACAUUGCAAUGUGCGACGUUCACGGCCCGAUUCCAACGACAGUCAGAACACGGAGUCAGACAAACCUGGCAUUUGUGAAGGAUGGCGUGGCGGAUGGAGCGAGGGGGUCAUCUCAGGAAGGCAGCAGGUUGCUGUCGUUGAGGGGCGUGAGCGAGGAGGAAUCGCGAGGCAAAGACGAAGCCGUGGUACAAGUGGCAAAGCCAGUGUACUUCCAGACGCCGACUAUCUUGUUGAACAGCGAUACGAACGGUACAGGACACAAGAUUGUGCACGGUGAAUGACAGGUAUGGCUGUGAUUCAGAGUGGUGCACAACCGAAGCAGACGACGGCAACGUCCCUCAAAGUUCCCAUGCUGCUUGGCGAUGCGUGCAUCCCUUUAAAUUCGUCUAUUCUGCUUCUUGACACAACACAACGGCAAACCCUGUUCCGUGAAUUUUGCGAAGCAGGUUGAGAGACAGCCAUGAUCUUUGGCAUCCUCCUUGGCAUUGUCCUGUUUGUGGUGAUCAGCGUGGCCCUCCUCGCCUUCUACGUGGCCUUCAAGCGCUACUGCUCGGACAGCAAGACCUCAUACGGUGUCGUGAACCACGACAGCAAGGUGAAGCACGGCCGACUCUACCCGGCGCUCUAUAAGGACUCGGACGAGGACGCCGGCGGUUCCGGUUCUACGGCGCCGUGCAUCGACGAAGUCGACCUCCCGCAGGACAGACCAAAGGUGGGGGAACACGACGAAGGUCUCGGCCACGAUAAGCACGAGGAGCACAAGGAUGACCUCAACUGUACCCUGGUCGAGUGCGAGAAAGAGCCAGACUACGUUGUGCCGUCAUCGCUGGCUAAGCCGUACGUGAGAGAUGGAGGUGAACACGUGCCCCCGGCUAAUUCGAGUGCCUGGAAUCAUGUGCAGCCAGGAAGCUCCAGGGAAGGAACCAGCCAUUACAAUGAAGGGUUCCACAGUGGUGUGGGUCCUCACAAUGGCUACACUGAUGACAUUCACCCUGUAGAUGAUGGUGAAGUGUGAGCUGGUUGGUGUUUUUAGGGUGACAUUUGGGUUGGGGCGGCACAUGCAUAUGUUUGUCUGUUUAUUCAUGCCCAUUUUAAAAGUUUCCUGCGAGGUAUUCACGUAUUGCGGCUGUCACUGUGCACAUGCUACACCACUUUGUAACUGAGGCAGGUACUUAUGGACGGUGCGAGGUAUGGUAGGCGUAUGGUAGGGCACACAGAUGGUAGAUGGACAUAUUCUUGUCACACAACACUUCCAUGGGACCACUGAUAAUUUAUACAUUGGAUGAAAACGUAUGCCAAGGGACAUCUUGUCCCUCCCACAUCUCCCAUUCUCCAUGGCCUCGCUGGCUGGGCUCGAAUAAGGGUUAAAACUGAGAAGCCUUCCAAAUGCCUUCCAAAAUGGCAGGUGGGAUGAAGGAGGGGAACACACUUAACGUAUGCUAGGGUGUCUUCUGCCACAUACACACACGACUAAGCUCUCCAAGACUUGAAUUCCAUGUCGCCAAAAGCAAACAUCUGCAACAGUUCUCGGUAAGUGACGUAUCACGGAGAAUGUUAGUACGCUGGCCAAAUACUGUUUACUGCAGAGUUGUUCACUGUCUACUGAAUUUCAAGAGGGUACAGUUCACAGGGUAUGCACAAGCAUGUCAGUGGUGCAAGUUUCUUUAUGCUGUCUAAAAACGUGGAAUAAGGAAUGUUUUUUUGAGGUUCUCAUUACCCCUGGUUUACGGAGGCCAAAAAAUGUUCCAUUCUAUGCUAUGCUAUGGUGUUCUAGCAAGUUCCUGCAUAAAACUCGACUAGAGUGUGCUUUGGUGAUACUGUGUUACAUACUGCUAUUGUAGUUUAUUCGCCUCUUACAGGAGCGUGAAAGGCACAUUGAACAUAUAUUUUUUUACUGCCUGAUAUGAACGCAUUACCUUCAGGAACUGUCACGCAAGCUAUUUCUCUUGUGAAGCAAGCAUUUCCUGAGGAAAUUAGUUUAGAAGCGUGCGCGCAGCAGCAGCAAUUCCUCCCAGUACCACGUGGAGCGUUGUGAUGCCAGAUCAGUCGAGCACUUUAUUGGCUCGUGAGAAUCAUCUGCUACAGCACGAGAACAAGGCGAUUGGUCAGCAUCAAAUACUACUGGAAAAAAGAAAGAAAAAAAAGAAGGUGCAUGCCUCACUUUUGGGCAACCGAAAUGACGUCCCAGACUGGCAACAGAGGGCAGCAGAGGCUUUUCUGACCUGCGAGAUUGAAAGCACUCUUGAGCACCAGGGUUGUGUGUUGCGCUCGUCCUUUUUGUCUGAAUAGGUGCCCAGGGUUUGUAAUACUAAUUUUGACUCGUGAAAUUAAAAAAAAAAUGUUUACUUCUUGAACCCUGCCACGUUCUGUUGUGUGGCAGUACGGUUGCCCACACGGCCAGAAACAGAACGGAAGUAUGUGAUAAAUUUUACGUGAUUUAAUGUCAUACAUUGGUCAUUCUUGUAGCAUAUACGAAGACCAUGUGCAUUCAUGCCUUGGCAGUUCCUUUACAGAAAUCCUUCUUCUUUUUCUUUCUGGAAGAAAUGGAGUGGCACCUUAGGCAAUGAGACAGAGAAGGACCAACGAUACUUCUAUUCUUCCAUACUUCUUCCAUUCUGCUACCUCAUGCAGGAAAUUGGCUAAAUGAAAAUAAGUGAUACGAUACGAGAAUUAUGUGGCACGUCAUCUUUUUUUUGCAGAAUUGUUGGAGUAUAGAGACCUUUCUGGACGUGUCGAUUGGGAUUGGUAGGCUAAAAAGCUCUAGCAACACACUCAACUGCUAUGCAGUUUUAACACAUUUUGCAUUACGAAUUGGUUAACAAAAGUUUGUAAAUUGUCAUCUAGAAAAUAUUUAAAAACAGCCUAUCCAUGAUUAACAAAAAGGUCCAGGAGACCACUGCUGCCGAUGUUAAUAUUUCAGUUGAAAUUCGUUAAAAUGGUUCUGCUUUGCAACUAACUUUGUUGUACUUCAUCAGUAUUUAACUUGACAGUGUUGCUAACAGGCCCCCUUGUGAGACAGGUCCAUGCACCAUCAUUUUGUGAUGGACAUGUUUUUCUACGCGAUUUAUGCGUGUACUUUCAGACACACCGUUGCCUUCUCAUUGUAGUGCUUUCUCUGAGCUUGUGUCAUUGACUGCAUUAUUAGCCUGUAAAUCGCAUAUUUCCCAGAUGCUUUUCGGUUGUGUGCCAUAUACAUACCUCCUGUCAUGCUAAACAGUAUUAAGCCAUUAAAACAUUGAGGUGGAAGACAUUCAUAAAUAAACCUGUUUUGCUGUUGA